CGGCACCCCUAAAAUGGAAUGCAAAGACAUAGGUCUAUGGAAAAAAGUUUUGAAUAGGAGGACCAUCAUACGCAGAGUUUACAACUAACUGUGAUGAGCGCUCAAACAAAACUUCCAUUUCAAAAGAUCGGUCUCCGAGGAGAGUCGACUCGGAGUGGUCACGGUGGAGAUCGCCGUAAUCGGCUUCGAGAAAUCGCCCAGAGCACGAUGAACGCGAUCGAGAAUGGCACGGUCAUCAUCGCCAACGUCUCCCAUGAUCUCGUUGCCAAAGUCAACUUCUCCAAUCAUAACACUCGCUACUAUGCUCCAGAUGAUAUACUGUCCACCUGGUCCACCAGUGACCCACCACGUAAUGCUGCAGCUACGAAAUCUCAGGUAUCUAUCCUCGAGAUUUCGACACUUGAUGGUGCUACAUUGUUGUUCAAUACCCUUUCAUCUCGUUCUACCAGCUUCGGUCGGAUAGCAAUCUUGAACUUUGCGUCUGCUACACGACCUGGAGGCGGUUUCUUGAAUGGGGCACAAGCUCAAGAGGAGUCCAUAGCCCGGUCAUCUACGCUUUACCCCUCUCUAAUGACGGACAGCGCACAACACUUCUACCAACUACACACUCAUGAUAGAAACCGAGGGUUUUAUCAUCACGCGAUGGUCUACACACCUUCUGUCGUGAUCUUGAAGGAUGAUGCAGGGAAUUGGACGUCGCCUUUUGAAGUCGACGUUCUAACAAGUGCAGCUGUAAACGCUGGCGAUGUGAGGAAGAGGAUCGAGGAUGAAUCAGAGCUUGCAGAUAUCGAGAAGCCUAUCGAAUAUGUCAUGAAAGAAAGAAUGGCGCGCAUUCUGUUCUUGUUUGAACAGCAGGGUGCCAAGAACAUCGUCUUGGGCAGUUUUGGGACGGGGGUAUUCCAAAACGAUGUCGAGGUUAUUGCGAGGAUCUGGGCAGAGUUAUUGACGGUGAAAGGUGCGCGAUACCGGCAUUCCUUUGAUCGCGUAGUAUUCGCCAUCCUCGGGAAGAAUACAUUUACCACUUUCGAGCAAUCAUUCGAGAAGCAGACUAGCACUGAUACCGCAGUCAUCCAUAACUGAGUAUUGCGAAAAUCUAUUGGAUCAUGGGUCUUUGGAUUGGUCUCCGUGACCUCAAAUCAAACCAGUGCUCGUCUGGCAUGGUUUAAUUAAGCAUGGAUCAGCAACACUCACUCUAAAUUUUGGCCCGUUGCGUCCACACAGAUACUCCGCCUAAUUACACUCGAUGGCGGCCUAGAAUCAGUGAUGCAACAUAGUCUCCUGCUUUAUGACUCAUCGACUCACCGCGAGAACAAGCGAGCUGCUGCGGCC